AUGGCCGAUCGACAUCGCAGCUACCAUCACGCUAGGCCGGCGAGCACGAAUCCCUCCCGGUCCUCUCUUCCCGCCGGCAUGGUGUACCAGCCCUCAUAUGCAGACGACUCAUACUUGGCAGCCGGUGGCAGCCGUCACCCUGUUACCACGCCUCGUGGCUACUCAAGUACUACGACUCAUUCUGGCCAACCCGCCACGACAAGAACAUAUGCCGUCACGCAAGAUCCCCGAUCUCACCCUAGAACACGCGACCAUAGCCACACCAGGCGGUUGACCAUGGACUCGGUAUCGAGGCCGCCUGUCAUCAUAACUACGAUACAAAAAGAUCGACCCCAUAACAACUCGGUCCAUAGUGCCGGUGUGCGAAUUGGCAGUCCCGUCCACGACGACUAUCGUGGCGCCAACUCUCAAUACUAUGCUGUACCCGCCUCGACGAGUCCUUCUCGCAGCUCUGCGCGGCCAUACCAUGGUGAAGAUCAUUCUCGUCGUAGAGACCGCGGAGACAGCCUCUUGAGCCCUCGCGAUGCCGAAAUUUACCGCCAGUCUCGGCCUUCCGUCACCUACCCAAGCACUUCGCGCCACAGUGCGGCAACCAUUGACUAUGGCGAUGAUGGGUACAGGUAUACAAAUGCCGGCGAAUUGGUUCAAUAUGACCUUGAUCACUCUAAGCCAUCUCGGACCCAACGACACGAUAGUUUUAGUCAAGGCUAUUCUCGUCCAGGAGCAUCCUACGCCGGCAAUCACAGGAGAAGCGAUGGUCUAAGAUACGAGAUCGGCAGGGGCUCUACCGUUCCACACGAACGAUCUGAUGUGCGUGGUGGUCCUCCGCCAUUCACGCGUGGAUUUGACAAGGUACAUAGAGAUAACGCUCCUGACCAGGAUCGCCAAGCCCCCCCCGCCGCGCCAAAGCCUCCAAGGCCGAUCUCCCAAUCUGAAACGUCUGGCGAUCUUCGAGACGUUGGAGAGACGAGGCAUAGGCGGCCGGUCUCCGUCAGUCAGGAGCCAUCUUACUGGCACAGCUCAACUCACACUCGCGACGACGUCCGGGAUCGGCGCGGCCACUUUCGUGAUCGCAGCGACGAUAGAACAGCUGGAAGUCGGCGCCCGCAUUCUACUCAGUUCUACGAUGACAGUAUACCAAAUCGUGGUUUCGGUAUUCGUACAAGUCCAGAAGGUACUUCAGAUGGCCGACGUGAUAGCCGACGGGACGGCCGACGGGGACGAGAGGAGUCCCGACGGGGUGAUUAUCUAGCCUCUGGUGAGGAGCUAAUGUCAGAGCCUCGGAAAUACACACAAGAUCGAAUGCUGCCACAUUCUGGCGAAAGCAAGCAUACAGGGAGCGACCGAAGAGACAGUGACAGAGAUGCUUCCAACGGUAUUCUUGAAGCCGCGGGUACCGGCCUCGGCAUAACUGUAGCAGCGGCUGGUCUUGUUGCUUCUAGGAAGGACAACGAACCUGCCGGGGAUCUUUAUAAGCAGGAAGAUUCUACCUGCGGUCCUGCGGCUGGUAACUCGGACCGUCCUAAGACGUUGGAGCUUUCUGGGAGCUCUUCAACCAAGAGCUCUAUUGAGGCCACCAAAGACCGCCAUAGCCCUCGGUCAGAAGUCUUCAGGGAAGGCGCUGAGGAUUCUAUCGGCCUCUCAGAUGGUGGGGGGGCUUCCUUGGUCAAGUAUGGCACCCCACCGGCAUCCGAUUCGGAUGAUGCGGGGAGGGACAGGAUGAGAAGGAGGCAAUCACCAUCUGACUUCUUUGAUCCUAGAAACACCGCUGAUCUUCGUCGAAUACAGGAGCAGCUUGCUGCUCUGAAGAUGCAUGAUAGCCAACAGCAAUCUAAAGACGCAGCGGCCGUUGAACCUGGACGCCAAACCCGCACUCCAUCUCCGAAGAAGGAAGGUACUGGUAUUCCCGUGUCAAAUGGGGAUGACGACGGCUACGCCGUUGGUUUUCCGGCUCAGGAGAAACAUACUCGCCUCGUUUCGCCCCCUCGUGACAAGCGAGACGACAAGCCUCUGAAGAGCAUUUUAAAGCAGCCAAGCGCCAAGUUUCCUGAGGAAGCCAACCCAGUGCGGGAAGGUGUUGCUCCUCAUAAGGAAGAUAAGAAGCUCAAGGAGGUCCCUCCUGGAGCACGUUGGACGAAGGUCAAUCGUAAGGUGGUCAAUUCUGAGGCUCUCACUAUUGGGCAGGAGCGAUUCGAGGAACGAGACGAUUUCGUAAUUGUUUUGCGAGUUCUAAGCAAGGAGGAGAUACAGGCAUAUGCCGCCGCGACUCAGGUUCUGCGAGAACGACGGCGUAAUCGGGAGGAGCUGGAGCGCGGGCUGGAGCGCCAGCAUCAUGAUGAUGAUGACAAGCCCCGGCAUCACCGCCGCCCUCGUCGCCAUGGUGGGGAUUAUGGGGAUGGUGGAGAUGACAAUGUUACCGGCAGUGAGACGCGAGAUUCUGGCAAAUAUCUCGAUGAUGAGGGGAAACAGAAGACGGCUCAUGAUGAGGGGGGUGGCAGUUCUGCCGAUCAACGGCGAGAAGUUGAUAAAGAUGGUGAGAGGGCGAGGCGAUCGAGGCGAGAUGAUCAAGAUGGGGAUGCCGUGGGGAAAAGGCGAGAUCGAGCCCACGAUGAUGAUAGGGGUGUUGAUAUUGAGCGCCGGAAGAGGGCGGUCAAGGAUGAUUACAAUAAGCGUGAACCGCAACGCAGUGAUGGCGAUAGAUAUUAUCCUUAG